AUGUUGGAAACAUCGUUGAGUAAGUUUUUACGAGGGAUAAUACUGGAAUCUGUGUUUGCUGAUGCAGUUCUUGACUCAGAUAGAAGAGAUAAAUGGAUCAAAUAUGACAUGAACGAUUUCAAAAAACAGUUCCGUAAGAUUGUGACGUUCGGAAGUUGGGAAUGGCUGCUAAGCUUUCUGCGCAUAAUAUUUUUUAUUAUUGGCUCAUUUGUUCUGGCAAUAACAAUUUGUGCAUUGUGUGGCUUUGCUUGCAUGCUUUCAACGGUUGUUCGAGACGACUAUUAUAAUCGACGGUUGCGUAGACAGCGUGAAGUAGAACUGCGCAAUUUGGCAGAACAAUUUCAGGGAAUAGCCCUUGUCAUGCCAUUUGAAGCUGAUUUCCUGCACUGCUGUACUUUUGUAUUUAUUUUAGGACUGCUAAUUAGAUCAUUUCAGGGUCGUCCGAAUCAGUUGAAUAGAAACGCUGAAAAUGAUAUAAAUACAGCCGUCGAGCAGCUGAGCAUUGUGAGUAGCGUUUGGUAG